GCGGGAAGAUGGCGGCCCCCAGAGAGUGCCGCGAGCGUCGCGGUUGGUGAGACGCUGGUGGCCGCGGAGGGGGCGGGUGAGCUCGGAGACCUCGACUUCCGGGAGCUCGUUUGGGCGUCUCGGCGGCAGGGAGCGCGGUCCUCGUGCCCAGGAGCCCCCCCCCCCCGCCCCGCCCCGUUUCAGCCCAGGUGGGCCCGACGACAGCGGGCGGCAUCAUGGUGACGGAGCAGGAGGUGGAGGCGAUUGGGCGGACGCUGGUGGACGCCCGGCAGCCCCUGCAGGCCCGCUUCCGGGCGCUCUUCACGCUGCGCGGCCUCGGCGGCCCCGGGGCCAUCGCCUGGAUCAGCCGGGCCUUCGGCGACGACUCCGCCCUGCUCAAGCACGAGCUGGCCUACUGCCUGGGCCAGAUGCAGGACUCCCGGGCCAUCCCGGUGCUGGUGGACGUGCUGCGUGACGCCCGCCAGGAGCCCAUGGUGCGCCACGAGGCGGGGGAGGCCCUGGGGGCCAUCGGGAACCCGGAAGUUCUGGACAUCCUGAAGCAGUACUGCACUGACCCCGUCAUCGAGGUGGCAGAGACGUGCCAGCUGGCCGUCAGGCGGCUGGAGUGGCUGCAGGAGCACAGCAGGGAGCCGGUGGUGGCGGCAGGGCCCUACCUGUCCGUGGACCCGGCCCCUCCAGCCGAGGAGCGGGACGUGGGGCGGCUGCGGGAGGUGCUCCUGGACGAAGCCCAGCCGCUCUUCGACCGCUACCGAGCCAUGUUCGCCCUGCGCGAUGCGGGCGGCGAAGAGGCGGCCUUGGCGCUGGCGGAGGGCUUGCGCUGUGGCAGUGCCCUCUUCCGCCACGAGAUCGGCUACGUCCUGGGCCAGCUGCAGCACGAGGCGGCCGUGCCCCAGCUGGCAGCCACCCUGGCCCAGCGGGCCGAGAGCCCCAUGGUGCGGCACGAGUGCGCGGAGGCCCUGGGAGCCAUCGCCCGGCCCGCCUGCCUGGCCGCCCUGCGGGCCCACGCGGCCGACCCCGAGCGCGUGGUGCGGGAGAGCUGCGAGGUGGCCCUGGACAUGUACGAGUACGAGACGGGGCCGGCCUUCCAGUACGCCGACGGGCUGGAGCAGCUGCACGCCCCCUCCUAGAGCCGCCCGCGGCCUCCCCGGCGGGGCCCAGCGCACAAGCUGCCCAUACACCGAGCGUGCGGGUGGGAUCUGACCUCGCGGGGCUGACCGCUUGGCCCGAUCUGGCCGCUUUUGCAUCUUGCCUCCCCCAGGGCCAGGCUGAGGUGUCCUGUGACCCCUACCCAGUGGCAUGGCGCGGGGCUGUAGCUCCCGGGUUUCGUGUCACAGGGGUGGGCUUGGGGGUCUGAGCAGGCCAGGGCUGUGCUCAGGGGAGCGGGGUUGCCUUGGCCCAGCUUCUGGAGGAACUAGGGGUGCCCGGAAAGGCGCUGCGGGCAAACCUGCCCCCCUCGGUCCUGGGCAGGGGCUGGGGCUGCCAAGGGCUGUUCCUGGGGCCUCUGGCUCUCCAGCCUGGGACUGGCUGGGUGGGUGGGCAUGGAGACCCCAGUGUCCAAAUGGAUUAUUAAAUUAUUUUUGCCAAGC